AUGUCUGAAGUUAAGCAAAGGAAAAAAGGUAUUUCUUCAUCCAAGCCCUAUGAAGGUUCACAAAAGGUUGAGAAGCACAGCAGUUAUGGCAAGUUGGCAAGUCCCAGGACCAGCAAUAAUAAUCGAAGCUCCUUUUGGAUGGACUCGGGGACAAGUUUAAGCAUAAUUUCCCUUGCUGUUUGCCUGGUGGUGACCUGGUUUCUAUUUCAGCAGUCAGGUCGAUUUGCUGACAUGGAAAGAAAGUACCAUUUCUUGCAGCAGGAAGCUGAAAAGUUCCCAGAUGUGGAAAAUAAAGUCAACUUAAUUUCUGAAAAGUGUGAAAAGACCUGGGAUGUAAUGGAACAGCUGGAAGACCUUAAACUAAUUUCUCACAUUAAACAUCUGCAGGAAGAUAUUUAUAUGAUGAAAACAUGGUCUAGCAACAUACUUAAAAAACAAGAGGGACUGCAGAAGAAUUUAACAAGCCUUUUCCAUGCAGUUUCAAGUAUGGACCAGAAUGCGGCGUCUGCGGUGAAAAAUAUAACAUUGACAAUUGUGACAGUAAAAACUGACAUCAGGCGCAUUUCAGGCCUAGUCUCGGAAAUGACUGCGCUGACAGAGUCUUUGCAAGCACUAGAAGAUAAAGUAGAAACAGGUGAAAAGACGACAGUAAAAAAUAUAGGUGACCUCCUUACCAGUAGCAUCGACCGAAGUACAAAAAUCCAAAGCUUGGCAUCCAGUAACGCAAGAAAAAUCGAGGACAUUAAAGCAGCACUGUCAGAGCUAAGGAGUGAUUUCAGCAAGCAUUCCGAUAGACUUCUGAAUCUUGAAGGUGACAGAGCUAAAGUUCUGAAGACAGUGACGUUUGCAAAUGAUUUAAAACCCAAGAUGCACAAAGUUAAAAAGGAGUUUGCCUUCUUGGAGCCAUUAAUAAAUGACCUAACACUGAGAAUAGGAAGAUUAGUGGAAGAGGUUCUACGACGGGAGAAGGAAAUUGCUUUACUGAAUGAGAAACUGGCCAACUUGACAAGAGUUCAAACUGAGAUCAAGGAUGUGAAAGAUGAAAUAACCAAGAUUUCAGACAUGAAUUGAUUGUUGAAAGACCACUGCGUAAAGAUCAGUGUUUGAGGAGUGUUAACUCCAUCACAUGGAGUACUAGGAAAACAGACAGUAUUUAAAGGCUUCAUUUGGGAGCACACCGAAACUUGAAAUUUGUUCUCUUCCUUUCAAAAGGACAGGAAAAAGUAAUACUAGUUUCAAGGGAAAAGCUAUAAUGUGAGCAAAAAGCAUGUCUCUGUGUGUUUGUC